AUGACGCGGCUCCCCUUCCAACUACUCUCGCUUGCGGCAUCAAUACUGGUAACGCAAGCCUGGGCGAGCUCGACCAUACGCAACCCGAUCGCAACUUUCUCGACAGUACAGAAUGCCACGAUUCUCACAAACAACCACCGCGUGACUGCUCUAUCAGACUUCGAUCUCACCUUCAACAUCCAGAACGAUCUACAUGUGAGAUUACGGCUGGAACCGAACCAUGACAUAAUAGCGGAGGAUGCGACGAUAACUUACUUGGGCGCAGAUGGCACCGUCAGGCAUACGGAAAGUGUGGAUAGGUCGGCGCACAAGGUGUUCAGGGGUACGGCAUGGAUACAGAGACCGAGUAUAGGGCAACAUCAGUGGCAGAAUGUAGGCUGGGCGAGAGUCACGAUUAACAAGGACGGCAAGACACCGGAAUUUGAAGGAGCAUUCUCCGUCCACCACGACAGCCACCAUAUCCAGAGCUCGAUCAACUAUGCACGAACACGACAUACUCUGGACCCGGAAGUUGAGGAGUUGAAGGAUGGCGCAGAGUACAUGGUGGUGUGGCGAGACUCGGACAUACUCUCCUCAGCCGCCCAGCUGAAGCACCAGGACCUGCGAAGGAGUAAGCUGGACGAAGAUGUGCCGCAGUGCCAAGCAGAUGGCUUGAGUUUUAACCUCCAGCCAGACCAUCCAGUCUACCUGGGCAUGGCUAAGCGUGAUGCCAACUCGUUGGGUGCCAUGGACUUUAGCCACCUCUUCGGCAAGCGACAGAUUGACAGCACGACAGGCGGUAAUAGUGGUGGUGUCAACCUUGUGAGCACGAUAGGCAACACUCAAGGAUGUCCCACGACGCGUAAAGUCGCUCUCGUGGGUGUGGCAACAGACUGCACUUAUACAAACUCCUUCAACUCCACCGAGACAGUGAGGUCGAACGUCAUCAACCAAAUGAACACCGCCUCGCAACUCUACGAGCAAACGUUCAACAUCUCCCUCGGCUUGCAGAACCUAACAGUAUCAGACGCGAGCUGCCCAGGUACACCAGCCCAAGCAACACAAUGGAAUCAAGCCUGCAGCGACAGUGUAGACAUCCAAGCCCGUCUGAACUAUUUCUCCGCCUGGCGUGGUCAGCAGCAGGACAGCAACAGCCACUGGACUCUGCUCAGCACCUGCAACACUGGGUCCGCCGUCGGCCUCGCCUGGCUAGGUCAGGCAUGUGUCCAGAGCGCAAUGACGGCCAACACGAGCACCACAGGCAACGGCCAGUCAUCCGGCAGUACUGGCUCCGAAACUGUGGCCGGCGCCAAUGUAGUGAUCCGUACCCAAGGAGCCAACGAAUGGCAGAUCAUAUCCCAUGAGACGGGUCACACUUUCGGUGCCGUGCACGACUGUACAUCACAAACCUGCGCACAGUCGAAUAUCGUCAACUCUCAGCAGUGCUGUCCUCUAAGUAGCAGCGUCUGCGAUGCCGGACAGCAGUAUAUAAUGAACCCCUCAACCAGCCAGGGAAUAAAUAAAUUCAGCAUGUGCUCCAUCGGCAACAUCUGCAGUGCCAUGGGCAGGCAAUCAGUCAAGACGAGUUGCUUCUCCGACAACAAACAAGUCAGCACCAUUAGCGGCCAACAAUGCGGGAAUGGGAUAGUCGAGACAGGCGAAGACUGCGACUGCGGCGGCACCGAAGGCUGCGGCGACAACAGCUGCUGCGAGCCCACGACCUGCAAAUUCAAAUCCACCGCCGUUUGCGAUGAUUCAAACGAAGACUGCUGCAGGAGUUGCCAAUUCGCCACAAACGGUACCGUCUGCCGCUCCAGCACCGGCUCCUGCGAUCCGCAAGAGACGUGCUCGGGGACGAGUCCGACGUGUCCUUCGGAUGUUAAUGCGCCGGAUGGGUCGAGUUGUGGGAAUGGCGCGAACAUGCAAUGUGCGUCCGGCCAAUGCACGAGUCGGGAUCAGCAGUGCAAGACGGUGAUGGGUUCUUACACUCAGGGCAACGAUACUUAUGCUUGUGAUUCCUCCGGGUGUGCGAUCAGUUGUGCUAGUCCCGAGUUCGGUACGGGUGUUUGCUAUGGAUUGCAACAGAAUUUCCUGGACGGCACGGUCUGUGGCGGAGGCGGACAUUGUUUGAACGGCCAAUGCAAAGGCAGCACAGUAGGCGGCCAAGUGAAAUCCUGGAUCGACGACCACAAACCCUUAGUCAUCGGCCUCGCCGUCUCCCUCGGCGCACUCCUCCUCUUCGCCCUCUUCGGCUGCUGCAUCAGCGCCUGUCGCCGCAAUCGCCGGAAUAAGAAAAUGUCUUCUUCUGCGCCGCCCAUGCCGCCGCCGGGUGGGUGGCAAGGGUGGCAGAGUCGGGGUGGGCCUCAGAUGCAGCAGCAGCAGCGUUAUGGUCCUGGUGCUGGGGCGCCGAGUCAAGGGUGGUUUGAUCGGGGUGGUGGGCGAGGAGGUGGUGGAGGAGGAGGAGGAUGGGGACCGCCGCCGCCGGCACCGGCUUAUGCGCCUAGGGGGAAUAGUAAUGUGCGGUAUGCUUAG